CUUCCACACUUAAAAUAAACAAAAACCAUAAAGCCAAACUGGCAUAAAUACAGACAUUCGGUGUAAUUCUCGAACCCACUCCUCUAGCUAGCUUCCACAAUGUCUCCCAUCUCCAUACUCAUCUCAGCUCUCAUUCUCACCCACCUCCUCACAGGAGAAUCUCAAGACUUCACCAAAAGAAUACCCAAAAACAGCCUCGGCCUCAGAAAAGAGAAGCUGAGCCACCUCCACUUCUACUUCCACGACAUCGUCAGCGGCCGCCACCCCACCGCCGUCCGCGUGGCUUCCGCCGCCAUGACCAACACUUCCUCCACAUUAUUCGGAGCUGUUGUGAUGAUGGAUGAUCCUCUCACUGUGGGCCCCGAACCAGAUUCCAAACAAGUGGGAAGAGCUCAAGGAAUCUACGCAUCGGCGUCGUUGAACGAGCUAGGGUUCUUGAUGGUGUUGAACUACGCUUUCACGGAAGGGAAGUACAAUGGGAGUACGUUGAGUAUAUUAGGUCGGAAUCCGCCGCUCUCCGCCGUGAGAGAGAUGCCGGUGGUCGGAGGGAGUGGGCUUUUCCGAUUUGCGCGCGGUUAUGCUCAGGCGAGGACUCAUUUCUUAUAUCCACUGACAUUUUGUCUCCACGUUGGCAAGAAUGGGACUGGUUAAAAAGUGUCUCAAACUCAUCCAAUGGCCAGACCCAGUUGCUACAACCCAUUUCAUUCUUAUUAGUUAUUAUAUAUUAUAAUAUAGAUAUGUAAUAAAAAUUGUUUUGAAUUUCAAUUUAUAAUUAAUUUAGUAA